AUGGAUAGCAAUGAUAAAGGGAAGGCAGUAUCUUACCCCACUCUCCCUCAGAAUAGAACGGACCCCAAUGCCACGCUUCUGGAGCUGGAACCAAAAGAAAAACCAGAUGCAAUAAAUCCAAGCGCUGCGCUUGAACAGGGUCAUGAAUACAUGGAACAAAUGCAAUCGGACCCCAAUGCUUCACCGCAAAAGAAGUUAAACCCCGCCUCCAGCUCCAAGUCCACUACGAAAGCUGAAUCGAUCAUUACUCCAGAAGUCAGACAAAAAGUCGUUGACGAGAUACUCUAUGGCGAGCACACGGACUAUGAGCGUAUCCUAGGCGUUUCUAGGGCGGCUACUCAAGAGGAAAAGUAUAAGGCCUACAGGUACAGGGUGAAAUGUGUCCACCCAGAUCAUCACCAACAGACCAACCAGUCUAAGAGCCAGGCCAAGAGUGCAUUCAAUUUGGUAAAUACGGCUUACAAUAAGCUCAAAGAUCCAAACGCACCUCCGCCGGAUGAAAUUGAGAUUGGCGCCAGCUGGGCCCCUGGAGCAUACGACAUCGGCGAUGACAACAGCGAUGAUGAAUCUAACAGUCACGAAGGAGGUUAUGAGGAAAAGAAAGAAAAUCUUACCACUGAACAACAGAAAGAAAAAAAUAUUCAGAAGAUGUUGGAUCGAAUGAACGAGCUAAUAAUUAAUAGCCGAGCCCGGACUGCACCCUCUGGAAUCUUGCAACUUUAUAACGCAGCGAGUGAGGACGUGGAAAAGCUUCUGCAAAAUCCUAACGAUGAAGAGACCCUUGAAAAACUGAAAGAAGCGCAACAAUCAAUAUUAGAUCAAGAUUCAAGCUUCCUCCUCAAUGUUGGACAGAUGCGUGGACUAGCUAUGGAUAUAAAGUCCCGGAGGAUGCAGCUACGCACAAACCCAGGAGAUAUAUACGAAAUGACCAGCUACGCACACUCGUUUUGCACCUUUCAACAUGAGAAACAAUACAAUAAUUGGCCCUCAACCUGGUAUCUAGACCGAGAUCCUGAAGCGGCUCACAUCGUGUAUUGUGCGUUAGCGAAUCCCCACGUCGAGGCCCUGAAGAAAGAUCCCAGUAGCCUUGAUCCCGAAACCAGGUUGCGCCAAAUAGAGGAGUGGAUAGAUAGCUGGUGUCAGGAAGCUGGGGUCAUGAGUGUUGACAUGUUAAACGUGAGCGCCCUCCGGAAGUACUACUAUAGGCUGGCCGCAGCCGUGCCCGGCAGUGGAGAUUAUGAUAAACAUCAUCGUGACCUGGGAGAUUACAUUACGAAACACAAUUUCCCCAUAUCCUGGGCAACUAAUCCCCCAACGUCAGUAAACGAAAAGGAUGGCCGCGGGAGCGCGAGUGACCCCGUUAGGACAACUGGACCAAACGCGGGCCCCGCCAAAAACCAUUCCCCGCUUUCCUGGGUGGACAAAAGGGAUGGCGGCCCCCCAACCACGAGAGAUGGGGCGAUCAUUUAUGGACACAAGCACUGGGUUAUCGGUAAAAAUGACGCAUACCUCUUCGCGGUUUUGCCCAAUCGUGACGUCCCAAUCGGCGAAUUGAGGUCCGGUACUCUAGUAGGGCACGACUCCAAAAAAGCAUACCUUUUUUCCAAUGCCGUCAAUAAACUGAAGAGCAAGGGAGAGGAAAACCCAGACCGUUUCCAAAGCCGUUUCCAGGAGGCGGUAGCUGUUUUUGUGCACACUUCAGAACCUGAAAGAAGAUCCCCGGAGACCUGGGUAAUGGCGUUGAUGGCCGAUAGUUCAGGCAAAAAGCUGCAGAACAUUGAAUACGCUUUGUAUACACGAAGUGAAUUCACGUCGCUGCGGAGGGGUAUAGAUGGGGGGUUUGACAUUGCGAAGAUUUUCGCCGAUCAUGGAAGGAUUCCACCCGGUAGACUUCGUUGGGUCCUACCGUCAAUCGACGGGAAAGUUAACAAGCCCAGCCUUGGGCCGCCCCGGAUUGCAGAAAAUGCCCAGGCGCAGGGCACCGAUAUGGCCGAAUUCGAAGAACUAAUCGCUAAACUUCGCCGGUCAACCGCAGGGCAAGCCCCAUCCCUGCAACCGAACCCCCCUGUGCCUCCGAUGAGUGCUGCGCCAUCCACGAAUGCUGUGCCUUUCAUGAAUGCUGCGGCUUCUACGAAGACUAUGCCUUUUAUGAAUGCUGCACCUUCCACGAAUGCUGUUCCUUCCACGAGCCCUGAGACUUCCGCGAAUGCUAUGAUGGAAAUGCUUAUGAAUCAACAAAGCCAGAUAAAGCACUUGACUUACCUUGUAUCGCAGAUGGCGAAACCGUCGACAGAAUAA